AAAAAACAAUCAACUUAAAGCGUUUUCUUAUAAAAACAGGAUUUAUUCUUCUAAACCAUUUCUUAAUAAGUAACUUAAGAAUGAAGAUGUUUUGGUUGAAUUUUAUUUUUAUUUUAAAUUUGACAUUUCAAAUAAAUUUGGGUGAAAUUGUUAUGCGGAAUAGUUACACGAGAAAAAAUUUCGCUGAUAAAGAUCAUCCUGGCAGAUGUGUUAUACCCGAAUUAGAUUUAAUAUUGUCAGCUGGUGUAAUUAAAAAUCCAGAUCCAGAUUCAUGUGAACAAAUUUAUUGUUCAUCUAAUGGAAUGGCUAUGUUUAUUGCGUGUCCACCUGUAUUUGUUGAAGACGAAGAUAAUUGUUGGAUUGGAGAUCUUACAAGUCCACAAUUACCUUUUCCAGAAUGUUGUAAGAGGCAAAUACAUUGUUCAAGUCAAAACAAAAGACGACGAGGAGCAAGAAUGGAAACUAUUUUAUAGGCAUAUAAAAUAAAAAAUUUAUUAUUAUCUGUGAUAGUAUAAAUACAAAACUAUAUAUUAUGAAUAUUAACUCAGUAUUUUAAAAUACUGAAUACAUAUACUUUAUAUUCAAAGAAGAAAAAAA